AUGUCCGAAGACAAAACGAAUAAAGAAUAUAAUUUAAUAAUUGGGCGUCAUUGCCCUUUCGAAAAACCCAACUAUUUACUAGGUGCUGUUAAAGAAGCGGUAAGUUAUGAUGCUAAUGCUUUGAUGAUUUAUUUAGGGGCACCACAAAAUACUCGCCGCCGAUUUGCUUUGACUGAAUUAAAAAUACCUGAAUUUAAAAAAAUUUUAACUAAGAAUAAAAUAGAUAUUGACAAUGUAAUAGUUCAUGGUCCUUAUGUGCUAAAUAUGGCUAAUGCAGCCCGAGAAGACAUUUUUUUAUGGUCUGUCGAGUUCUUAAAAAAAGAAAUUAGCAGAAUGGAAAAAAUUGGAUUAAAGACUAUUGUGCUUCAUCCCGGUAGCAGGGUUGACACGCCGGUUGAAGAAGCCUUAUCUCAGUUAGCCAAAGGAAUUAAUUUAACGCUUGAAAAUACUUCUACGGUCCGGAUUGCUUUGGAAACCAUGUGCGGUCGAGGCAGUGAAAUCGGAAUAAAUUUCGAACAACUGAAAUAUAUAAUGGAUAGAGUAGAACAAAAAGAAAGGGUAGGUGUUUGCUGA